AUGAGGUAGCGACGAACUGUUCAGAUAUCUCUCCAACUCGGUGCCAAUUGUGUAUAUCUGGUUUCUAUAGCAACGACUGGAGUUCUAAUGAAUCUUGCCAAGCAAUGAAUCCUUGUAACAAAUCUCGCGAAUAUAUCGAAGUGCCUGCAUCAGUUAAUAGAACUGAGGACAACCUGUGUGGCUGCGAAGACGGCUGGUAUCAAAAUUAUACUACUGAUAACGACUCUGUCUGUCUUGAGAAUCAAAUGUGUCCGCCGGGUGAAGGCGUCGCUGAUUAUGGACAAUGCCGACAAUGUCACAGCAAUGAAUAUUCAGAUGAAUGGUCCACGACACAAAGGUGCCAACCUCAGCCAAAUUGCACAGAAGAAGUCGGAGGCGUCAUUUUUGAAGGAAACGUUACUGAAAGGACGAUAUGCAACAACACAAAGGACACCAUAGAGGGCGACCUGGCAAAAAACUCGACGUUAGCGACAUCUCCUAAUGAAAUGUACAUGAAAAACAUCAUCAACGAAAGUACCCCCUAUACGCACAUUACCAAUAUGACGACAACAAUGACUUCGAUAUUGAAAAAAGCCGAAAAGGAGGGCGAAUUGAACUAUAAGCUAAUAACGGUUGGAGCGAUAGUCUCGGGUGGGCUCAUUGCGGUUAUUGUUGCCUUCGUCAUUUCCGAGAUUCGUCGAGUAUACAGACGAAGGAAAGGCCUGAUGCCAUCGGAUGCCCCUCCGACUCGUACUACGAAUAGCAAAGGGAUGGCAGUUCAGUUCGCCGAUAAACGCAAGAAAGCGAAGGCAGAAAAGUCACGUACACGAAAACUCGAGAACGAGGCAACUGGGGAAGCCAAUGAGAACACGCCUAUGCUAAUGGAAACUAUAGAGAGAAAUGAUGUGCGCGUUGUGGUAUGGCAGCCAAACAAACCGGGACCAGAACCGGAACUUACUAUACCACUAGAGAGUUGGACACCAAACAGUGAGGAAAGAGUCACGUGUGUGUAGUAUAGAUAAGGUGCAUGUGCGGGUGUAAGUCUUGUCACGUGCCAUGUGUUAUUCCACGUCCGGGUAACUUCUUAAUAGACACUUACUCUCCUCGACGCGGAGCGGACAUGGAUUUUAUCGGAUGCUAUCGUCAUACUAUAUUACGACUCGGUGAUGAAACGACAUACAGAUGCACGUUUGCUGUAAUUAUAGGAUUUAUAUUGCAGAGAGAGCGAGUACCUGAAUUCGUCUUGUGAGUUUGCCCUAAAAGUCCUUCAAAAGUACAAGUACUAUACCGUUCGUUGUCCAUGGAUCACAGACUGAAGCAAUCUGAAUUACACGUGCGCAUGCGCCUUGUGCCGGAAGGGAAAGUCGACCAUUUUAGGUCAACGGGGGAACUGAUGGAAAGGUGCUAUGCCAGAAAGAAAGAUGAAACUAUUAUUUUUAUAAAGUACGCAAAAAAGUAAACAUUUCCGUUUUACACAUAAUUUACAAAACACAUUGAUAUGAGGAAAUGCAGUAAAUAAUAUCGUGUGUAAGUUUCAGUUUAAUUUGUAUGUAAAAUUUGAGAUUAUGUAGAAAUUUAUAUACACAUGACCUAUGACGUGAGUUG